UUAAUUAAUUCCUUAUUACCUAUCGUGCUUCCCAUGUUCUUUUACGACCCAUCUAAUGCGUCAGGACAAGGGGACGUGCUGCUCUGCUCUGCUCGCUCUUUGAAUGCGUGAAUCCAGAUCUGUAGUUCGUAUGAGCUCGAAUUUUUCACUGCCAAGUUCAAAGCAUAGCCAGUGACCGCGACCAGCAGCGAUCAAAGAGACUGACAUUAUUUGGACAAAAAUUUCUUCGAUCACGUGUAGCUGAUCCUUUCGAGCAAUGUGGGAUGAAACUCCUGCAGAAAGAUAUGCCCAGAUGCUCAAGAGCACAUCUGUUGCAUCCGGAGAGCGAAAUCUGCCACGGUGCAUAGCGAUGGCAGUACAGAGACAGUAGAGCGCCAACGUCCCCGGACAGCUCUGGGUAAGUGAACGAUUCUGCUCUUGUCAUUGUAGAUUUGUGCGCUCUAGUGUUUGAGAGCAAGCAUGAGCAAGGUUUUGGCAGUCGGAUUGAAGGACGAAAGAGAGGUGAGUGAACGCAGUGACUCUAGCCCCGGGGAGGUAAUCAAUCCUGGCUCAGAGGAAUCAUCCAGUGUGUCUGGCCCAGACCAUGUCGGCGUGUGGCAGUUCGAUGACAAGCAGGGCGUAUGGCGCUCCUUUCCCCCGGCCGAGGCAGAAGCCAUUUUCACUGCCUACUCGGUGGGUAGAGCUGAAUUGGAGCUCGGCAAGGCGAAAGGAUCUCUACGAAGAACAGAAGGGAAAUCUGAGGCUAUGUACUUGAAGACGACCACAGCCGGCACACAGAUCUCCACGACGGAGAAACAGAUCCGGAUCGAGACCUGUGCACUAACGGAGAUCAAUCAUACACCGAGCUACAAUCCUGUAGAAAGCGGAGUGUACUGGGAGAACGAUGACGGGAUGUGGCACCCGUACGAGAACAAGGAGCAUGUCAACACCAUCCUGUCAACGUGGAACACCAGCGAUUACCUCGUCUUCCUGGGCAAGAUCAAUUCGGACAAAUGGCCCCAAGGUGCGAGUUACGCGUACAAGCCGAAGAAGAUGCACCAAAUCAACAUUCAGACAGGCCGCAAGAGAGGCAUCCGCAUCGUUCCGAACGCCGUCCUGUCGGACGACAGCAGCACCCGAUUGUCUACAAGGGCUUCCGAUUGCCAAAGACUGACGCCGAUUUCUGUACGCUCAUUUCUGGUGGAGGAGGCGGUGCACAAGCUCGUCAGCGCCGAGUACACGAAGCUGCUCGUGGGCUCGAAAGCUGCGCCAUUCGAGCUCGUGGCCGUGGAAUUCAACGAGCAUCUGAAGGGCGCCGGAAGGGGCAUGCUGGACCGGUUCCUGACCACCUUCGAGACGAUGGCCGUCAAAGUUCCUGACCAUUGCGGUCAGCUCCUGAGAAUCAUCAGGUACGCUCGAGAGCCGGACGUCGAGUCCGUUGGGCCGGCCCGCACCAAGGCGCUGGUGCGGCACGUCUUCCUCGGCACCAGAGCCGGCGACUACGACGCCAUCCUGCGGAGCGGCCUCAAGUCGUUUCCGGCUCUGCACAAGUUUUCCGCGCCGGGCUUCGGCCUGCAGUGCCGCGACGCCGAGCCCUUCUGCCUCGCGCUGCGCGACAACUACAACGAGUUUGAGAUGCUCGUCUUCCUGGCCUACGACGUGGCGAGCACGCCGACGACCGGCGACUCGCGCGUCGCGGCUUUCGUGCCUGACGACGUCGCGCUUGCUCUCCCCGUCGCCAAGAUCACUCUGGCCAGGGCUCCCAUCAGGGCCGUCCCAACCGCCCCGGGUUGGAAAGCGGCGGGUAAACUCCUAACCGUGAGUUAGGUUCAGUCGAGUCCAAUCGGGUCUGAGGAUAGUUGGACGUUUGCUCGGACAGUCUUCACUUCCGAGCUCGCGUUAGCCCAAAGAUCGUACCUCGUACAGCGAGUUAGGGAACCGAGUUAAAAACGUCACCAGGUAGAGAGAGAGGAUCAUCAAAGUCAUCACCGUUCCCUGUCUUCUCAAAGGGGUUGAGAACUACGUCACGGUUUGUGUUGUAUAGCUACCAGGUUGCCACCCCAUUCCAACCACAGUUCCCACGGAAGGAUGACGUGGUCACUAUCGAUCCCGUAAUACAAGAUCCCGCCGUUGAUUCCACCCCAUUGUUCGUCUUGUAACUUUUGAUUUACAAUUCCUGUGAAUUUUCAAGGAUUGUAAACUUACACAAGAGAAGUUCUUAUCUAAUGCAUUUCUCGUCACUA